AUCAACAACACGGAGCUGUUAAUAGAGCGUCUCUUCAUCCACAUCUGGAGGACUCACAUCUGGAGGACACACAUCUGGAGGACACACAUCUGGACUCCGCAGAACUGGGAGAUGAAAUGACAACGUCAACACUGCAGAAAGCGAUCGAUCUUGUGACCAAAGCCACAGAAGAAGACAAGGCAAAGAACUAUGAAGAGGCCCUGCGCCUGUACCAGCACGCGGUGGAGUACUUCCUACACGCCAUCAAGUAUGAUGCCCACAGCGACAAGGCAAAGGAAAGCAUACGAGCCAAAUGCCUGCAGUACCUGGACCGGGCAGAGAAACUCAAAGACUACCUGAAGAGUAAAGACAAACAGGGCAAGAAGCCCGUCAAGGAGGCACAGAGCAAUGACAAGAGUGACAGUGACAGCGAGGGAGAAAACCCAGAGAAGAAGAAGCUGCAGGAGCAGCUAAUGGGUGCCAUCGUGAUGGAGAAGCCCAACGUCAGGUGGAGCGAUGUGGCUGGACUGGAGGGAGCCAAGGAAGCUCUGAAGGAAGCCGUCAUCCUGCCCAUCAAGUUCCCUCAUCUCUUCACAGGCAAGCGGACUCCGUGGAGAGGCAUCCUGCUGUUCGGGCCUCCGGGGACGGGGAAGUCCUACCUGGCCAAGGCCGUGGCCACAGAGGCCAACAACUCCACCUUCUUCUCCGUCUCCUCCUCAGACCUCAUGUCCAAGUGGCUGGGAGAGAGUGAGAAGCUGGUGAAGAAUCUGUUCGACUUGGCUCGCCAACACAAACCCUCGAUCAUCUUCAUUGACGAGGUGGACUCGCUGUGCGGCUCCAGGAACGAGAACGAGAGCGAGGCCGCCCGCCGCAUCAAGACGGAGUUCUUGGUCCAGAUGCAGGGUGUGGGAAACAAUAACGACGGCAUCUUGGUGCUGGGAGCCACCAACAUCCCCUGGGUUUUAGACGCUGCCAUUCGCAGAAGGUUUGAGAAGCGGAUCUACAUCCCUCUGCCCGAGGAGCCAGCUCGGGCCCAGAUGUUCCGUCUUCAUCUGGGCAACACGCCGCGCAGCCUGAGCGAGGCCGACCUGCGGCAGCUCGCCCACAAAACAGACGGCUACUCCGGGGCCGACAUCAGCAUCAUCGUCCGGGACGCGCUCAUGCAGCCGGUCAGGAAGGUCCAGUCGGCCACGCACUUCAAAAAGGUUCGAGGUCCGUCACGAAGCAACAGCCAGGUAAUGGUGGACGACCUCUUGACCCCUUGUUCGCCUGGCGACCCUGCAGCCAUAGAGAUGACCUGGAUGGAGGUGCCGAGUGACAAGCUGCUGGAGCCCAUCGUCUGCAUGUCGGACAUGCUGCGCUCCCUGUCCACCACCCGUCCCACCGUCAACACCGAGGACCUGUUCAAGGUCCAGAAGUUCACGGACGACUUUGGGAUGGAGGGCUGAGAGACGGAGCUCCUCCCACAUCACUGGAGUCCACCCCCCCCCAACUGCUGCACCAUCCUGUAGAUCUUCAUCUCCCAGCUCGGUUCAUGGCCUCUCAUGGUUUGACAGCUACGACUGGUAAAGAAAUGUAUUUCUUACUUCUGAUCAUCAGUCUCGUAUUAUUUAUUUUAUUUAUUUUAAAUCCCUGGAGGACGUCGGACAAAAGCAGCAAUAGAAAACCUCGGUGUGAGUUGAUAGUCGGACAAUUGAACCCACGUCGUUCGGUACCAGAACAGCUGCUUCAGCUCACCUGACCUGCAGUGAACCUGAAUCCUACCGGGGGGGGGGGGGGGCCCUCCUGAUAUGCUCUGAUCUCUGACUGAAGGACCGUGCGUUCAGCCAUCGUGCACUUUGAAGGACGACGACGUUUGAAGAAGAAACAAAAGAAGUUAGUUCUCCUGCGAGUGUGUGAAUGCAUCUGUGUGUUUUUAUUGUGUGUGUCUUCAUGUAAAUGUCUAUAUGUGAAGAGCCCUGUUAUUUUAUUAUUUGAUGAAGAGUUAAACUACUUGAUUGUCGCUGUCUCCGUGUCCCUCGAUGGCUCCAGAGCUCUUUGGUUCAGUAUUAACAUUGUUUUCCCUCAAUCCAGAAAACUUGAAAAAGAAUCCUGUAGUUUCUCUGGAGAUAAAUGUCUGAGCUCUGUGUCCAUUCAGCAGCUGUCCUCCACCUUUCAAUCUGAUCACAGCCUCUUCAUCAGCAGCAGAUUUGGAAUUAUAGAUUAUAUUUAACUUUAUUAUUUUAAUGUUUAAGAAAAUGGAAAAACUAGAUCCUGAGUCCUCGAAUCUGCUCCAGAAUGGAACGAGUUGAAAGUUCAAGUUCUCAGAGGAGAAGUUGAUCCUCUUCAUCAGAAAGCUCCACAACAGCUGCUAAAUAGAUUCUUUUUAUUUCCACUGACAAGGAUGGAGCACUCCGUUUCCCAGAAUGCACUCUGUGUGAACGUGAGCUCUUCUCUUUUGCUGCGUUGAUGCUUCAGGUUCUGAUGGAAGUUAAACACUAUUUAUUCCACUUAUGACUCGAUUUAUAGAUUCAGUUUGUUUACACUUGUUUCCUGGAGCUUGACUGAGUGUCUGCUUGUUCUGUUGGGAGGUUCACACACACUCACACACACACACACACACACACACACACACACACACACACACACACACACACAAACACACACCAGGUUAUUUUACAUCCAACUAUCACUGGACGCUCUGAACCCCCCGACCUCCCGCUGUCACAUCAUGAUCACGCAGCAGCAGCACUUCUUGUGGUGCCUGUGUGUGUCUGUGUGUGUUUGUGUGUUUGUGGAGGUUCAGUUCUCAACCUUCCUGUACAGGGACGUCCUUGCCUCCAUGUAACCAAGACUACCAACUUACCCUGAAUUAAUAAAAACUGACAUUUCAAAUGGAGAAAAAAAUAAACAGAGUUGCUUGUUUGACA